AUGUCUGAGGCCGAUACUAAGAAGACUACCGAGACCCAGGAGGAGGUCGUCGAGAGCCCCGAGGUCAACUUUGAGCCGGUCAUCAAGCUCGACGAUGUCGAGGUCAAGACGCAUGAGGAGGAUGAGGACGUCAUCUUCAAGAUGCGCGCUAAGCUGUUCCGUUUCGACUCGGAGGCCAAGGAGUGGAAGGAGCGCGGUACUGGCGACGUCAAGCUGCUCAAGCACAAGGAGAACAGCAAGACGCUGAAGGUGUGCGCCAACCACUAUAUCACCGACGACAUGGUGCUGUCGCCAAACGUCGGCUCGGACCGCUCGUGGGUGUGGAACGUUAUCGCCGAUCUUGUCGAGGACGAGGCCGAGCGCCAGCUGCUGGCCAUCCGUUUCGGCAACUCGGAGAACGCGCAAAAUGAGGAGAAGAAGGAGGAGGUCAAGAAGGAGGACGAGUAA